GACCGGAGCAGGGAAGGGCUUUGUGCACACACCCACCGAUUGUUUCUUUUUUUUUUCUUUUUUUUUUUUACACCCUUGUACCGAAACACGACUCGUGUCAAAAUAUGAGCAUCUAAUUUUCCCAGCGCCUUCUUUUUGUUACUCCAGGUUCCUCUAAUCCGAUUAACGAUCGCAUCACGGAGCGUGAAAUGGGAUGACAUGGGAUUGUUCACGUCGACCAAGAUCGGGGAGAUCCUCGGCUUUGCCUUAGUGAUCCUUUCCAUCUCCAUGCUGGUGGAUUCAUCAGAUGUGAAUUGUGAGAAUGUUUACAAGGACUUCUCUGAUUGUGUCCUGGAGCUGGGGGAGAGCAUGGACAACUAUCAGGAAAACGUGACCAGCGAAAGGGGAGUGGCGGCUGUGUGCAGCCACUGGGAAGCUUUCCACACGUGUGCCCUGACGGCGCUGUCCGACUGCCAGCAGGAAGUCAGUUCCAUCUGGGAGACUCUGAGGCAGGACUCCCGAAAGAUGCGUUUCCAGGGAAGCUUGUUUGAUCUGUGUAGCCCCAGCUCGAGUCCAAGCAUGAGGUCACCUGUGGCGGCGUUGACCCUGCCGCUAACGGCCAUGUUGCUCACCACCGGGCCCAGAUGGUCCUUCAUGUAAAGGCGGGCGCUGACGAGGAGGAAGAAGGAGAUGGGAGGCCACAGUUUCUAUCGGGCUCAGUCCUCGCGAGCACAACCUAAAGCCAAGGAAUGCGACAAUGAUUAUCGUGACCUUAGUCAAACUCAUCUUGGAAAUCAAAAUGUCAAAAUGAUGUAGUGGUCACACCGAUGAAGUGACUUUUAAAUCAAAGCACCAUGUACUUUUAGUUGAAGAGUUUAACAUUCAGCAAACGGUUCCUCUCAUUCUGUACGCUCAAUAUUGCCAACAGUUAGCUUGUUGCUUAGCUUUGUGCAUUACGUUUGCAGUCGGAUGCUGGCCAUGCAUUUUAUACCUGGAGAUAGAAACGCUUAAGGGAUUUGCUAUCGCUACCUACUUCUUUGUGCUAAGCUAAGCGUAUUUACAAUAUAUUGUAACAUCAUUUAAAGCUAUGAUCGCUUCAUGAAAUUCGCAUGUUUUUAUACGAGUGCUCAUUCUCACCGUGUGUGUUAGAAUUUUUUAAAUCAAAUUUUAAUUUUCAUGAAGUUGAAAGGAAUUCAGGAGGAUUAGCCUUAAUUAUUAUCGGCCUGUCAAAGAUGAGGAGUUCUUCUAAUACUAUCAUACAAUUUAGUUUCUUUAUCAAAGUAAUAUUUCAAUGCCCUCCAGGGACAUGUUAAAGUUGAAAUAAAGAUUCUGAGAAUUUUUGCCAGGAAAGGAACAUUCUAACAAUGUUGAAAUAAAUAGCAAGCAGUAGCCCCUCCUUUUAAAGUAGUUUGGCCAUGACAAUCAAGCUUUUUACAAAAGCCUUUUUCGCAGCACAUCUGUUGUGAGUGAAGUUCCAUUGAUCCUUUUGACAUGCCAAAAAGUGUCAUUUUUACAUUGUUUUGAACUGUAUUUGCUCACCAAAUGUUUACAUAGCCAAGUCACAUUUGUGAUAUUGUCAAAGCAAUAGAAGCUGCUUUUGUAAUGUAACAGUAUUUUCAAAUGACAUCUUUUAAUAUAAAAAGUGCUUUCAUGGUACUUUCAAAAAAUUAGGUACAAAAUUUAUGGUAGGACCAAAACAAUACAAAAUCUUAGCUUCUCCAUUGAAAUGUUUGACACACUGACUCAUCUACAUUACAUGUAUUUUUUUUCACAUUCUGUAAAUUGAAUUAUAGAGUGGUGUGAUAUUUAUUGUCAUGAUCAGUGUUUCAGUUUGGUUCACCACGGCCCAAACUAUUUGACCCUUCUGGUCAAUAAACUGCCACAGGCAUUGUUUUAAUUAGGACAUUUGCAUUUAUAGAUCCACUGACACUAACAAAUAGGCUCAUAAAUGUACUGGUAAUGAGAAGCGCUAUUUAUUUCUAAUAUCAACAUGUUCUGUAUUCCAACAGUUGAUCUCUUUUUCCUGUUACCUCUCUCGUCGUAUAUUUGCAUGAUGACCGUUUUGUGACGGUGCUUCAGAUCAUUGGGGGAUGUGAUGAUUUGAUCGCAGAUAAACGUAUACUAAUGAGCGCAUGAAGAUGUACGACUAACUCCAAAGCACAUCAGCUGCCUUUCUCACAUCCGUCACCCAUCUUGCACCCUCCCUUCUUCUCAAUCGGCAUGCUCCUUCUGGUUGUUUCUAUUUAUUCUCUAAGGUUGCGCAGGUGCUAGCAUGAUGUCAUCCAUUGUGUGUAUGCGGUAAUGAAAAAUCCAAUUCUCCUCAAGCAUGAGCAAUAUAUAAGGUCACUUUCACAAAAUGACUCCUAUCUCUCCGUGUGUAUUUCAAGAGCACAUGAUCAUUUCUAUCAUAACAAUGAUUUGAUUAGAAUUUAGGGUAAAACUCUGAAUGUAAAGUUCAAUAUCUGUUUUUGUUUGCUGCUAGAAAGGCACACUACUGUUUAGCAUACAAGCAAUAUAUGGCGGUCAUGUGUUUGUAAUAAAGCACCAGCGUUGUAAAA